CCUCGCUCUCCACUCGCCACCGCUUCCAGCGUCCAACCAAACCGGCGCGCGAACGACAGCAAUAUAGUUCUCGGACCACCACCGCGCGCGGCCAUGUCAGGCGGCGUCGGCCCGAUGGUGGGGGGCAGCAUCACGCUGCCGUCCACGGGCGCGCCCUUGCCGCCGCUGCACCCGACGCCCACUUCCCCCACGGCGCGCCCGCACCACCACUACUACCUCUUCUCCAUCAAGCAGCUCAACACGCUGGGCGCCGCCGCCGUGCUCGCCUUCUCCACCACGGUCCCGCUCUCGGAGAUCGCCUUUGCCGUCCUCGUGCCCCCCUACCUCCUCGUCCUUGCCUGGUUAGCCUUCCCGCAGCGGCCCGGGAAGCCCAACCCGGCCGCGCCCGUCUUCCCGGGCUUCGGCGGACGGAUCCGCCUCGCCGUACACACCGCGGUGGGGUUCGUCGUCGGCGCCGCGCUCCCGGCGCUCUACAUCGUAGACGGCCUCCGGGCCGGGGACACCGCGGGGGUGGCCGCGGCGGCCCCGCACGCGUUCCUCCUCUCCGCGCAGGUGUUCACCGAGGGCAUCACGGCCGCGUGGCCCGGCAAGUUCUCCCUGCCCGUCAGGGCGGCGGUGCCCGUGAUGUACAGCGUGCGCAGGAUGUUCGCGGCCUCCGAGUGGCUGCGGCAGGAACUGCAGAAGCGCGACGAGCUCGGCCGUGGCCCGGCCGUGGCGCCGCGGCGAGUGGUGGCCGGCAGGGCGCUCGCAGCCGCCAACCUGGCGUUCUGGGGGUUCAACCUGUUCGUGUUCCUGCUGCCGUUCUACCUGCCCAGGGCGCUCAGGAGGUACUACCUCGGCAGCGACCAUGAGGACGACGGUGACCAUCACUUGCGCGAGCAGCAGCAGAGUGAAGGGAAGAAAGAUUCGUAGAUCAGGGCUAGAGAUGUUUGUUCCUUAUUUGUAUGAGCGGUGUCUGUGCUUUCAUUAUGUAUCCUAGUUUCCUUGGUUUACCGACCUUGUGCCCAUAAUCAAGUA